AUGACCAAUAUAGAAGUAUUUUUAAAAUUUUUAUUUUUAAUAAGGUUUUUUAAGUGUAUUUUGGCUGAUUCUGAAGAUGUUUACUACGUUGGGGAAUUUACUGAUGACAUAACUGAUUGUGAAGGUUUUGAAAAUAACGUGUUCAAAUGUAAUGAUUUAACAAUAGGAUUUAUAAAAGGUGAAGAAGACGGUGAGACUGGUCUUGGACUUUCUGGGCAAUUGGACAUAUUAGCUGAGAUUAAAGAUGGUUAUACGAUAUGUUUAAAAGUAUGGAAGCUAACAGAUCUCGGUAAAGAGUUCAUGUAUACAGUCUCAGGAAACCUUUGUGCCAGCUUGGGUGAUGAAGAUACACCAUGGUGGCCUUUAAUAAAGAGUUUGAAUACGACUAAAUGCCCGAUAUCAGAGAAUGUAUAUCCUGUAGAAGAAAUGGUCCUGACUCUGGGUUUUGCAAAGGAUGUGUUACGACACGAGCUCUGUGGCUACUACGUGAUAGAACUCUCCAUAUUGGGUGACUUAGAAGAAACGCUUUCUUGCCACAUGGUUCCUGCCCAAAUUUUGGAGAAAGUUAGAGAA